UUUAUGACGUCAUAUGAUUGUUAUCGCUAAAGCAGUAAUAUUAGCGACGUGCUGUUUGUAAAAUUAUUAUAGUUUCCCCAAUUUACCUAGCUGUUCCAUUUGGAAUAUAUAAUUAGAUAAGCAACUUGAGAAAACCACCUAACCACCAGACGAAAAUGUUUGUCAGACACCAGACCAUCCGGCGCGCAUCGCGUUUGAUAGAGACCGACAUAUUCGAGAAAAUGGUCGAGUCGGAGGGAAUGGAGGACGACGUAGAGACCGUGGAUGAGGACGUGGACCUGCCAAUCUACCCCGACCACACAGUGACCAUCGUCGUGGGCAAGACAACGUUCAUGACCUACGCCUCCACUCUGCUACACUUCCCGAGGACCACGCUCACCAAGAUGUACUUGGAACAGAGGGACCAACAACAAAAUGGCGGCGAAUCCUCAACAGCUUCCGCUCCGUGCACGUGCAGACUUGAAUUUGAUCGGGACCCGAGGCUGUUUUACUACAUCCUGGAUGCGUACGAAAGGAAGACCGUGCACGUCCCGAGGGGUGUGUGUGUCAGCCAGUUCAGGAAGGAGAUGGAGUUCUGGCAGCUGAAACACAAGCUCGUGGCGCCGUGUUGCCGGGACGCGUACAUGCAGGCUUUCGGGGACAUCUAUCAGGACGGUGUGCUGGAUCAGAAAUUAUCGCUGCUUUCAUUCAAUUCCAGGAACACUAUCGCGGACGGAUCUUCAUGCUUAAGCAAGCUCUGGGAGUUUCUGGAAAAUCCCAAUCUUUCAAAACUGGCCCAAUGGUGGUCAUGGCUGUAUUAUUCCAUGCUUAUUGUAUCUGUGAUGGUCACUUUCUUCGCAACUGAUCAGCAUUUUCGAGUCGCCAACCACCCAAUCCACAAUGGAACGAAUACAACACUAGCAGAGAAGACACCCGUCACCACGAUGCUGUUACGUUCACAUCCCCAUUCGGUCAUCACGUGGAUGGAGGCGGCGUGCGCCAUUUUCUUCACGGUAGUGCUCAUUUUGCAGACAGUGUCGGCACAAAGUGUGAUACAGUUCUGCCUCUCAUGGCGCUAUCUCUUGGAACUGAUCUACCUCACCUCAGUUUGGACUCUCCUCAUCACGGGCUACGUCGACGAAUGGUUCUGGGCCGAGCCGGGAAGGGCAUUCGGCUUUCAGGUGGUGCAGCUGUUCAGUGUGUCUAGAUUCAUGCGUCUGCAUCUAUUCGAUAGAAGCUUUGACCCGUUCAAGAUUCUCACGUUGUCUGUACAGUCCAGCGUCAAAGAGAUCUACUUGCUGAUGCUGUUAAUGACGGUGGUGGCGUUUGGUUACGGUGCUAUGCUGUACUGUACGGAACUCCUGUCGGCAACAAAGUUUGGAGACAGUUUCGCGUCCACGUGGUGUGCGAUAAUAACCAUGACGACUGUGGGAUACGGCGACUUGGUUCCACAGACCUGGCUAGGGCGCAUCGUCGGGGUCUUCUGCGCCUUGUCUGGCAUCCUGGUCAUCGGGAUGUGUCUGCCCCUUAUUACCAGCAGUUUCUACGAAUACUUCGAAUACGUCUUCUGUUAUUGUGGAGAAAAGGAAGAAAUCAAACGAAAGACGCAUGUUAAAAAGCUUUUGAGACAUUCAAAGUAUAAAUUUGGACGUUAAUAACUUUUUAUAUUAAAAUUCAUAAUCGAACCUGUUUGUCGAACAUUGUUGGAUCUUUAGGGUUAGGAAUAUGGCACCCUACUUUCAAUUCAGUCCGCAUCUCCUGGAAGUAAAUGAAUGUUUCAUUUUAUAGGUACCCUUCAUACAUCGUGCGACGCAGUAACAUCUACGGUGUACCAAGAUCAGUCCAUUGCACGUGUGUUGAUGCCUAUCUUCAGGGGGUGUAAUUCCAAUCUACAGAACAAAGUAACAAUUAUUCAAGAGAUAGACAAGCCACAACACUUACCAAUAAAACUCUUUAGAAGUUUUAACUCGGCUACAGUGUAACAUAUGGAGUGUGAUUCGACCACAAAGCAAAUCAUGAAAAGUCUUAAGUAGUAUGUCUCGGCCACAAAGCAAGUCAUCAAAACUCUUUAAGUAGUGUUACUCGGCCACAAAGCAAAUCAUCAAAACCCUUUACGUAGUGUGACUCGGCCACAAAGCAAAUCAUGAAAAUUCUUCAAGUAGUGUGACUUCGGCCACAAAGCAAAUCAUGAAACCUCUUAAGGAAUAUGAUUCGGUCACAAAGAAAGCCAGGAAAACUCCGCAGGAGCUGAUUCGGCCAAAACGCAAACUACAAUAAUUCUCUAGGAAUUUUACCCGGCCACAACACCAACCACGAAAACAUUUUAGGAGUUUGACUUGGUCAUUACGCAAACCAAGAAAGAUUUGUAAGAAAAUUCUAAGAGUGUCACUCUCAACCACAACGAAAUUAAAAAUAUAUAUAUC